CUUAAUUUUGAUUUCUCGAUCAUAUUAGGAUAUCGUUUACGUUAAAAACGAUGAUGGCAGAGAUCUUCAUCCAAACAUCUUGAUAUAAAAAUAUGUAUCUUCUUCAUAUCUUGCAAAAUUCUUUGAAUCGAAUAAAAAAUUAUAUGUGCGCAUGUAGACUGUCCUUGUGUUCCCUCUCUAUUUGUUUACGCCUUUCUCCACACGCGCAUAUCAGAGUGAUGCGUAUACUGUGCCCGCUUUGGGUAAUUCCAAUCUCGUAGCAUACAGUAUAUCCAGUAGAUGGACGACAGCGAAUGCGCGAGCAACGAUAUGCAAGUAGACGCAUAUUGCAAUUAAUAAUACUUCACGUUUGGUGCGUCUUAUCAUGCGGAUUAUUCUACGAAUUUCUACACUACUAAUAAUUUAUGCCUGUAUCGAUGGUGAUCUACUGUGUAACGGAGCAGCUAAUUGCACUGACAGAUCGGAUGAAGAUUCGAAAUUAUACAGCAGAAUUGGAUGGCCAUUAUCUCUACAAACGGUACGACCACCAACGGAAACGAUACGACCGUCACCAGUACAGACUCCUAGACGAAUACGAUCUCCUGUGACGCCUGCACCCAACACUUGCAAAGUACCUUCGCAACCACAAAAUGGUCAAUGGAAGUUACAUCCAGACCAAUGCUCAAGUGAACAGGAAUGUAACGUCGCACAAAAAACGGAAUUGGGAUUAGGAUCUCUUCUCGUCUACUCUUGUUUUUCAGGAUUUAAAAUAAGAGGUUUGCCCUACGUGAGCUGCAUUAUUGGGGGAAAAUGGAUUAAUAUACCAGAUUGCAUACCAGAUAUACGCUGUAAACCUUUAAGUACAGCAUCUGUUGACGCUACAUGUACGUAUGAUGGUGAAUGGGUUUCAUGUGAAUCUCCUGUACAACCGAGAACAACAGCGGUAUUGCAAUGCCGAAAUAGUUAUCGGCCAGAAACAAAUCCACUUUCCGAACAAAGAAAUAACGUGAGAUGUAAUGAAAAUGGUCAAUGGGAACCGGAACCUAUGCGAUGCAUCCCAGUCUGCGGCACUAUUCCUCCUGAUAUUGUACCACUCAUUAUGGGUGGUAAUCGACCAAAUAUCACGGAAUUUCCAUGGCAUGCCUCACUAUACCGCAAUGUAAACGAGCAAAAGCAAUUUUUUUGUGGAGCGACUAUUAUUCAAGAAAAUCUCUUGAUAACGGCAGCACAUUGUGUAUAUGAUGAGAGCACUAGGAAACUAAUUCAAGCCAAGUCAAUUUAUGUAUUAACGGGGAAUAUCUUUCGUGAUUACGAUCAUCCCGCACACGAUCAAAGAAUUGUUAAAAAGAAUCAGGUGAAACGUAUUUACAUCAUACGCAAUUAUUUAGGACUUAUAGGAAAUUAUAUUUGGGAUAUUGCGAUAUUAGAACUCACCAGGCCGUUCGUAUUGUCAACUUGGUUGGUUCCUGUAUGCAUAGAUACUUUAAACAGUAACAACAGGAAUGUAUUGGAAGUCGAUUCUUAUGGAAAGGUAGCAGGAUUUGGUAGAACCACGCACGGUGGGUCUAGCGCGGUCUUACAGGCUCUGACAGUGCCCAUGAUUCCACUUAGCCAAUGCAGGUUCACGAGUCAACAAUUUGAAACGGAACAACUUAUCACCGUUGACAAAUUUUGUGCAGGCUACACGAAUGGUUCUAGUGUUUGUGAUGGUGAUAGUGGCGGUGGAUUAGUUUUUAAAACCAAUAGUUUGUGGUACCUCGGUGGUAUUGUUAGCGUUUCUCUCGGCACAUUUCGAGAGAGUGACGGAAGUAUUCGUUGUGGGAAUUCAUAUUCCUUAUUUACAAAAGUGUCCAGCCAUAUUUCAUGGAUAGAAGAUGUUGUUUCAAAAAUAGAACGAAAUCAAAUCCAAAUGUUAUGCUCAUCUGAGUCUCAAACUAAAUGCUCGUAUUUUGAUAAUAAGUAUUCCCUUUUAUAUGAACUCGGGUUCUUUUACCAGUAUCUGGUUGGAAUCUGGACGGUGGAGAAAGCGGAAACUAUAUACUUUAUGCCAGGAAAGGGCAAAAGAUUUGGCGGGGAAGAUAUCAGAGAGUUUUCAAUAAACAUGAAUAUGAAUUAUUUUUCUGUGCAAACCAAGGAUGCAUAUGGAGGUGAAUGCGAUGAUGUUGAUUAUGCAUCUCUUACACCAGCAGAACCGGAAGAACAAUGUGGAUGGACCGCAGUGAAUGCUCGAACAACGAUAUAUAAGGAAGCGCGGAUUGCAGUUAGUAAAACUUUACGUACGGUGUGUUUUAACAUGCGGAUUGUUCGACAAAUUUCCACGCUACUAAUAAUUUAUGGAGUCUGUAUCGAUGGCCUACUAUGUAUCGGAGCAACUAAUUGUACCGAUAGAUCGGAUGAAAAUUCGAAAUUAUGCAGCAGAAUUGGAUGGCCAUCAUUUCUAAAGUUGAUUCGACCACCAAUGGAAACGAUACGACCGCCACCAGUACAGAUUUCUAGACGAAUACGAUCUCCUGUGACGUCUGCAUCUAAUACUUGUAAAGUACCUCCGCAACCGCAAAAUGGUCAAUGGAAGUUACAUCCAGACCAAUGCUCAGGUGAACAGGAAUGUAACGUCGCACAAAAAACGGAAUUGGGAUUAGGAUCUCUUCUCGUCUACUCUUGUUAUUCGGGAUUUAAAAUAAGAGGUUCAGUCCAUGUGACUUGCAUUAUUGGAGGAAAAUGGAUUAAUAUACCAGAUUGCGAACCAGAUGUACGCUGUAAACCUUUAAGUACAGAAUCUGUUGACGCUACAUGUACGUAUGAUGAUGAAUGGGUUUCAUGCGGAUCUUCUGUACGACCGGAAACAAAAGCGACAUUAAAAUGUCGAAAUGGUUAUCGGCCUGAAACUAAUUCACUUUCCAGACAAAGAAACAAUGUGAGAUGUAAUGUAAACGGUCAAUGGGAACCGGAACCUAUGCGAUGCAUUUCAGUAUGUGGCACUAUUCCUCCUGAUAUUGUACCGCUCAUUGUGGGUGGUAAUCGACCAAAUAUCACGGAAUUUCCGUGGCAUGCCUCACUAUACCGCAAUGUAGACGAGCAAAAGCAAUAUUUUUGUGGGGCGACUAUUAUUCAAGAGAAUCUCUUGAUAACGGCGGCUACUUGUGUAUAUAAUGAGGAAACUAGGAAACCAGUUCAAGCCAAGUCAAUUUAUGUAUUAACGGGAAACAUCUUUCGCGAUUACGAUAGUCCCUUGCACGAUCCAAGACUCGUUCACAAGAAUCAGGUGAAACGUAUUUACAUCAGACGCAGUUAUCUAGGACUUGUAGGAAAUUAUCUUUGGGAUAUUGCGAUAUUAGAACUUGUCAGGCCGUUCGUAUUGUCAACUUGGUUGGUUCCUAUAUGCAUAGAUAUUUUAAACGAUAGGGAUAAUGUAUUGGAGGUCGGUUCUCUGGGAAAAUUAGCGGGAUUUGGUAGAACCGCACACGGUGAAUCUAGCGCGCUCCUACAGGCUCUGACAGUGCCCGUGAUUUCACUUAGCCAAUGCAGGUCCGCAAGCCAAAAUGCUAAUACGGAACAAUUUAUCACCAUUGAUAAGUUUUGCGCAGGCUACACAAAUGGUUCUGGUGUUUGUGAUGGUGAUAGUGGUGGUGGAUUAGUUUUUAAAACCAAUAGUUUGUGGUACCUCCGUGGUAUUGUUAGUGUUUCGCUCGGCACGAUACAAGAGGGUGGAAAUGCUUAUUGCGACUAUAACUUGUAUUCUUUAUACACAAAAGUAUCCAGCCAUAUUUCGUGGAUACAAGAUGUCAUUACAAAAAUAGAAGAAAAUCAAAUCCAAAUCUUAUGCUCAUCUGAGUCUGAAACUAAAUGCUCGUAUUUUGAUAAUAAGUAUUCCCUUUUAUAUGAACUCGGGUUCUUUUAGUACCUCUUCUUAGAUUUUUAGUACCUCUACAAAUUGUAGUGCAGUUACACUUUCGCCGGGAAACUAAACCUGUAUAUAUUAUUUUAUAUGAAUUAUAAUAAAUUCUUUAAAAAGUAUGACAGAUUCUAUCGGUAGUAGUAACGUGAUGUACAAAUCAAUUUUUUUUUUUAUACCAAAUUGAAUCAAAUGUUUCAUUGAAAUUUGUAAUAACAAUUAAAUUGUUAGAUUAAAUUUUAAUGAUUCAAUUUACGCGUAUUUUGUUUAAACACCUCACAUCAUAAUACAUUUUUCUUCGUAUGUAAAUAUGAACUAAUUGUUAUAUAUAGAACCCUGAAAUAGUUGGCAGGCCCUCCUUCUUAUUUGUUUAGUAACAUAAAUGUAUCACCUGUGGAAGAUGAAAAACUCGAAAUCGUGCAUAAUGGUGUUUAGAUAUAAAUCAUCUAUUUCCAUAUUAAAUAUACAGAAAAAA